AUGGGCGAGUACAGCACAGGUCUUAGGACCAAGACACUUUACAUCACUGAAGAUUCUCCCCAAGGGAACCAGUGCAAGGCUAACGGAGCCGGCGAUGAAGCGGGAUUCCAUACUUCAAUCAAUACCCUGAGCGCGAAGGAUAUAUUGCAGCUGCAGUCAUGGAAUGGGAAAUUACCCACCGAGGAGGACAGUUGCAUCCAUGAGCUUAUCAAGGACCAGUGCUCUGCCCAGCCAGAUGCCGCGGCAGUCUGUGCUUGGGAUGGCAAUUUCACAUACAGGGAGGUGGACCUGCUCUCCUCGAGACUGGCCGAUCAGCUUAUCUCCUGUGGUGUUGGCCCCAAUCUCAUCGUUGCUGUUCUUUUGCACAAAUCCAAGUGGACUCCGGCUGUCGUCCUUGCGGUUUUGAAGGCCGGAGGGGCAUUUCUCUUACUGGAUCCCGCUUGCCCCGACCUCCGCCUACGCCAGAUCUGUGAGGAAUCGGGUGCAAGAUGGAUCCUUUGCCGCAACAGCCAUGCUGCGAAAGCUUCGGACCUUGGGCCAGAAGUGAUCACAGUGGAUGCAGUACAAUCACACCUUGCGAUCAAUGCAGUCGACAUUAAAGGCCGCCAAAGGACCUCUAGUCGCAGCUUAGCCUAUGUCAUCUUCACCUCCGGCUCCACUGGAAAGCCCAAGGGCGUGAAGAUCUGCCACCGAUCUUUUUGCUCCAUGGUAAGGCCUUAUGUGGAGGCAGUCGGCUAUAACCGGGAAACGCGCGCCCUCUCCUUUUCCUCCUACGCUUUCGAUGUCAGUGUCUCGGAUAUGCUCAUCCCUUUAUUGGUUGGGGGCUGUAUAUGUGUGCCAUCGGAGGCCCAGCUCAUGGACAACCUCCCGACGGCGAUUGCCCGGCUGCAAGCCAACUUUGCUGACAUGACACCCACCCUCCUGAGAACCCUGCGACCGGAGCAAGUGCCGAGUAUAGAGACUAUCGUUGUGGGAGGCGAAGCACUAUCCAAGGAUAUUAUUGCCAUCUGGAGUCCACAUGUCCGUCUGGUUAAUUCGUACGGACCUGCGGAAUGUUCCAUCAACGCGGCUCUGAACAACCGUCUAACACCACAGACGGACCCUUCAAAUGUGGGCUUCCCCGUAGGCGCCCGAAUUUGGAUCGUGGACCCCGAUGACCAUGAGAAAUUGAUGCCCGCGUCUACCGUAGGGGAGUUGCUCAUCGAAGGCCCUACUGUUGGAAGCGGGUAUAUCAACAGCCCAGAGCAAAUGGCGGCCUCGUUCAUAGAACCCCCGACAUGGAUGUACCAUUUCCGCCCUAGCAGCCCAUACAACUGGGGACUGUAUAAGACGGGAGAUCUUGCCAGGCGCGAGACGGACGGCUCGAUUAGAAUUCUCGGCCGAAAGGAUAACCAGGUCAAGCUCCGUGGGCAGCGCAUGGAGUUGUCCGAGGUCGAGCAUCAUGUCCGGGAAUGUAUCCCAACUCUGGACGAUGUGGCAGCAGAAGUCGUCGUACCUCCAGGGGAUCGAAGGACUCCUGUGCUGAUGGUAUUUCUUUGGGGUAUGAAAGAGAAGAGCCCUGGGAACCAUUUGUUCGCCGUCCCGAGUGAUGCUACGCGAGCCGAGAUAGCCACAGUUCAGAGCGAGCUGAAGAAGCGAUUACCGAUUUACAUGGUCCCUGGGGUCUUCCUUGUCUUAUCUACCCUGCCCUUGACAGCGACCGGCAAACUGGAUCGUCGACGACUCCGGACAGACGCAGCUGCUCUGUCUUCGAUGCAGUUGCUCGAAUAUAACGCCACUGCCACCCCCCAGACGCGAAUGCCGACUACCCCAUCGGAGUGCGCCCUCCAACAGAUCUGGGCGCGUGUAUUGAAUCUACAACCACAAGUGAUCAGUGCCGACGCGGAUUUCUUCGGGCUGGGAGGCGAUUCGAUCGCUGCAAUGCAGGCGUCGGCACAAGCCAGAACCGCGGGAUUGAACUGUCGAGUGGCAGACAUAUUCCAUUGCAGGACCAUUUCCAAGCUGGCGGGCUCACUGGAAAUGGUCCCCCAGUCCCCCAUGACGAUAGAAAGAGAGCAGCUGGAUACCCCAUUUCAUCUCUCCCCGAUCCAGCAAAUGUUUUUCGAGGAGGUCCCGCCCCAACAACACAACUACUAUAACCAAAGCUUUCUCCUGCGAUGCAACCCUCCCACGACCUCAGAUGAGCUUCGGGGGGCCGUCACCGAGCUUCUUACAUAUCACUGUAUGCUCCGCACGCGAUAUAGUCAUGUUGCUCCAGGAAGGUGGAUGCAGUCAAUUCCCGCUGGGGUUGAUGGCAGCUACCGGUUCGACGCGAAGCAAGUCAGGAGUGACGACGAGGCCCGUGCGAUCAUGAUGAAGAGCCAACAGUCCUUGGACAUUCAGCGAGGGCCCCUGGUGAGUGUGGACCUUUUGGAUAUGCAAGGCGGACUUGAACCAGAACAGUAUAUCUUCAUUGUGGCCCACCACUUGGUAGUUGACUGGGUAUCCUGGCGCAUAAUACUGGAGGACCUAGAGGGGUUGCUCUCCACGGGGAGAUUGUUGGACAGCGCUCCCUCCCUUCCUUUCCAGGUCUGGUGUCGACUUCAAUCCGAGCACGCUCAAGCCCAUCUUUUGCCCGACGCAGCGUUGCCAUUUGAACUGCCACCUUCGCAGGAUGCCUAUUGGGAUCUUGCCCCCCAUCGGAACACUUGGGCGGACAGUCACCAGGAACGGUUUACACUGGACUUGGACGCUACGAAGUCGCUUCUCGGGCCGGCCAACAACGCUUUUGGGACGCAGCCAGUGGAGAUCUUGCAUGCCGCCUUGCUCUAUUCGUUUGCACAGGUAUUCCGGGACCGGCCGGUGCCAGCUCUCUUCUCUGAAGGCCAUGGACGCGAGCCGUGGGACCCUGCUAUGGACCUUUCACGCACGGUGGGGUGGUUUACCACUAUCUGGCCAACCUAUAUUGACAUAAACCAUAAUUACACCCUGGGGGACGUGCUGCGUCGCGUCAAGGACUGUCGACGACUGGUCCCCAAUAAAGGCCGGGCUUACUUCGCCUCACGAUACCUCAACAACGAGGGCCGUAAAAAGUUUGCCAACCAUGGCCGUAUGGAGAUUUCCUUCAACUACAUUGGGUUGUUUCAACAGCUUGAGCGACCUGGGGCGCGUCUGCAGUCGGCCACUCGACUAUCGCGAGACGGCGUCGAGGAUAUCUCGGGUGAUUUAGAGCGGCCAGAGUUGUUUGAUAUCACAGCGGUGGUGAGUCAGGGCUGUCUGGAGUUUAGGUUCGUCUACAGCCGCCACAUUCCUCGACAGCAGGCUAUCACCCAGUGGAUUGGUACAUGUGAGCAGUCCUUGAAAGCGGCUGCGCAAGAGUUGGUCUUCCAGCCCCAUAGUUACACUCUCCGGGAUUUCCCACUGUUACCAUUGACGUAUCCAAGCCUGGACAGGCUGCUAUACGACACCCUGCCGGCAAUUGGGCUAUCUUCUGCCAUGGUGCAAGCGGCGUACCCUUGCUCGCCUGUUCAGCGAGGCAUUCUUGUAGCACAGUCCUGGGACCCAGAUCGAUACCAUUGUCAGUUGAUCUGCCGGGUAAUUUCCUGUACGGGAGCGGUCGAACUAGACAGGAUUGCUCAAGCAUGGAGGCAGGUCGUUGAUCGCCAUGAAAUCCUGAGAACGGUAUUUAUCGACGCUGUUACCAAGGAGGGCUAUCUGGACCAGGUUGUGCUGAAGACUGUGGACGUUGAUCUCGAUGUGUUGGAAUGGGAUGAGAGCGCCGUAUCAAUGGUAAAACGACUCCAAUCAAGGCGCCCUUUUCCUGGGGGUAGCAAGCCUCUCCAUCGAUUGACGCUGUGCGCAACACCCACAAAUGAGGUCUUGUGUAAACUCGAAAUCAAUCAUGCCCUAAUUGACGAAAUAUCCGCCCAGAUCGUGUUGCGCGAUCUGUCACGGGCAUACGACGGGCGGCUCAGUGAACCCUCCAACUUCCGUUUCGUCGAUUACAUUGGGAUGCUGCACCAGCAAGAAAGCGAGGCCGCUCGGUGUUACUGGACAAGCUAUCUCAAGGGCGUUGAGCCGUGUCUCUUUCCACCACUUAACAAGACAGGGGAGAAUGAUGCCAGUGGAGCAUGGAGGUCUUUCGAUCUCGACAUCCCGGUGGAUUCAAACUGGAGAACCUAUUGCAGCACAUAUGGCGUGACCCCGGCGAAUAUCUUCCAGGCGGCCUGGGGGCUGGUAUUACGCUGCUAUACCGGUUUUGAUGAGGUUUGCUUUGGUUAUACGACCUCGGGGCGGGAUAUGCCUCUACCGGGUAUUGAUCACGCAGUGGGGCCCUUUAUCAAUAUGCUAGUCUCACGACUGGCUCUGAGGGCCGAUACCUCUCUGCUGGAGGUGCUACAGGGAAGUCAGACGGACUACACACGAGCGCUAGCUCACCAACACUAUGCUCUCGCUGACAUAUUUCACUCGAUGAACCUCUCGGGUAAGACUCUCUUCAACACAGGCAUAUCGCUGAACAGGCUCGUAGUGGGCUCCGAGGAAGAAGAGAGUUGGUCUCCGACCAUCUCAUUCGAAACCAUCAGUAGCGAAGAUAACACCGAGUAUGAUGUGAUCGUUGAGAUUGCCCUCCGAAGUGACAUCGCUAGAGCAACUUUCACUUAUCGCCCACAUGUCCUAUCAGAGACCCAGAAAUGGGAGAUGGCAGAUACAUUCCGUGAAGCCGUCUCCGAGAUUCUUGCGUGCACACCUGAUACCAGCAUUAGAGAGCUCCCUCUCUUUGGCAGCAGCAACCUAGGACACGUCUCGGCAAACAUCGGGGGAUCACACCGGGUCGAAAACUAUUGUCGUCGGCAAUUGGCAAAUUACAGCGGAGAGGCAUUUCCGACAAUACCGCGCAAUUACUGCCCCGAGGCCAGUGAUUCGUUUGAGCUUUCUGUGGCAAUGGAGGGGCAGCCAGGGCUUUCAGACAGCGAGAUCCCUCCUCUGAUGCAGCUCGCAUGGGCCAUUGUUCUCUCUCAAUAUACUGGGUCCGAGGACAUCCUCUUCGGCAUCUUGGAGGGAGAACAGGCAGGCGGCGUCCUGCCAGUAAGGAUACGUGUUGACUCAUGUGAUCACAUUGCGGACAAGCUGCAGGAAGCUCAAGAGGACAGACAGACUCGGUUGUCUCUACAGCAAUGCCGAGUUAGCAACGCACUGCCAUUAUACGAUACGCCCGGGGCCGCCUGCCAGUACCAUAAUAUCCUCCUCUUGGAGCCUCGGGGAGCUAGCUCCAUCCGCGAACUAGACCUUCAAAGCACUCUCGGACAUCCGUUGGUAGUAGUCUGUCAGCCCCUGCCCGACAACACGUUGAUAGUGCGUGUGAAUUUCGAUAAAAACUGUCUAGAGAGCGCCAAAGCCCAGCGAAUUGGCUUUCAGGUCGCGCAUAUUCUACGGCAAGUGCAUGCCAAUCCGACCCGACAAGUGGGAGAGAUCCUAACGCUCAGCCCUGAGGACAUGGAGCGGCUUGACCGGUGGAACGAAGUUGUUCCUGAACGAAUUGAGGCAUGUGUGCACGAGUGUAUCCAUGCACACGCUGUCGACCACCCAGACGCACCCGCCAUCUGUGCGUGGGACGGAGACUUUUCCUAUCAGCAGCUCGACGAGUACUCAUCGCAGCUGGCAUGGCAACUGAAACGGAUGUAUGUCCGACCGGGAGUUGUAGUACCCGUUUGCCAGGAAAAAACCCGCUGGACAGCCGUAGCUAUUCUUGGAGUCCUCAAGGCCGGAGGAGCUUUCGCUCUCCUCGAUCCGGAGGUUCCCACGGAGCGUUUGAUGACCAUUGCGGGAGAUCUCAAUUCACCUGUCGCCAUCUCCACGCCGCAUACUGCCCCGAUCUGCCAUCAACUGGCAGCUGAGGUAGUUGUUCUCGGAGACCCGGAGUUCCCUCUGUCUGCAAGUGCCACACCCUCGACAAUGCCACCAUCUACAGCCAACCCAGCGGAUGACCUCUAUGUAGUUUUCACAUCUGGAUCGACCGGCAAGCCCAAGGGUGUGGUCAUUCAUCAUAGUGCAUUUUACACCGGCGCCCUCGCACAGAACCCUAGUCGAUUCUUAGACCGCUCAUCCCGGACCUUACAGUUUGCUUCCUAUAUGUUCGAUGUCAGCAUCGCAGAUUUUCUGCGGACACUGUUAGCCGGCGGUUGUGUGUGCAUCCCCGCUCAGACCGGGUUGAAAGAUACGUUGGCAGAGACGAUAGGCCGGCUGCGCGUCAAUCGCCUCGAUCUCACACCAUCGGUUCUGCGGCUGCUAUCGCCCGAGGCCAUUCCCUCAGUCCGCACGAUAACCCUCGGCGGGGAGCCUAUGACUUCCAAGGACGUCGAAUGCUGGGCGGGAAAAGUUCAGCUGAUGAACUGCUAUGGGCCGGCCGAGUGCUCCUAUUGCGUCACACAAUCGCAGGUUCUCCACCCGCACCGAUCCGAUGCUGGGAAUAUUGGUCGCGGCCAGGGUGCCAUCUGCUGGGUCGUGGAUCGCCACGACCACCGGCGGCUGGUGCCCAUCGGAGCCGUGGGUGAGUUGGUGGUUGAAGGGCCUAUCGUUGGUCGCGGUUACUUGCAUGAUCACCAGAAGUCGGCCCAGGCCUUUAUCGCAGAUCCACCCCCAUGGCUGAGGCGAUUAGGGCGGACUGGGCUGCUGUAUAAGACGGGCGACCUAGUCCAGUAUACCAGGGACGGAUCCUUGCUGUAUAUUGGGCGCAAAGACAACCAGGCCAAGCUACACGGCCAACGUCUCGAGAUGGGCGAGGUCGAGUACCAUGUGCGCCGGUGCUUUCCAUCUUCCCGAGACGUCGUCGCCGAACUUAUCACGCCCCUUGUCUCUAACGGAGAAGCAGAACCACUGUUGGCAGCCUUCAUUGAGACGGGUCAAUGCGAUUCUCGAAAAGACCAACCGGAUCAACCGGACCAAAUUUUCUGUACCGCCACUUCCGAAUUUCUCGCCGGUGGGCAACAAGCAAGAGAACAACUGGAGCAGCAGGUGCCCGGUUACAUGGUGCCUACCAUUUUCAUCCCGCUGUACCGGGUGCCAUUGACGCACAAUGGGAAAAAAGAUCGUCGCCUGCUCCGCCAGCGAGCGUCCCAAAUUCCCCGCAAAGACCUAUUUGCGGCAUACGCGCAGAGGGGUGGAGUAAUCAAACGCCCUCCUUCGACACGGACGGAACGCCUCUUGCUGUCUGUGCUGUCACAGGUGCUGGAGAUUGAACCUCACGAUAUCGGCAUGGACGAUAAUUUCUUUUCCCUUGGUGGCGAUUCCAUUGUCGCCAUCCGAUUUGCUCAGCUUGCGCGGCAACAUCGUCUCUUUUUCCGCGUCGCCGAUGUAUUUCGUAACCCGAGAGUUUCUGAUCUUGUGCUUUCACUUAGCGGCACAGACGAAAGUGCUGCACGAGACCCAACACCAGCAGCUGCCAGCACUGAACGGUAUUUCGGAUUCAAGUCUUGGGAGGAACUAAGGAAAGCAUUUUUAUCUUCGUCACUGUCCUGUCUGGGGCCCCAACUGCCCCAUGACGAUGUUCAAGAUAUCCUUCCUGCUACAGAAGGUCAGGAUAGUAGCUUGCGGCUCCCUUGCACCUACUUUAUCCUCAAUCUGCGUGGGCCAAUGGACAAUACGAAGCUCAAGAUGGCCUGUCAGGCAUUGAUCCAAAGGCAUACGAUCUUACGGACCAUAUUCCUGCCGUAUCAAUCGAAGACGGCACAAGUGGUGCUGCACGAGCGCGCCAUAGAUUUCUGGCGAAGUGUUCAUUGUGAAGAUAUCGACCUGGACAGGGCGACUAAUGAUCUGAUCAAUAAGGAUUGCAUCCCAAUUCCUUCAAUGAGUGUGUUGAUCACUCAAUUUACAUUGGUCCAGGGGCGCGAUGAUGACCACCGGUCUUUGGUGGUGCGGCUCUCGCAUGCCCAAUAUGAUGCAUUCAGCAUCUCGACCCUCCUAAGUGAUCUCAAGGCCCUCUUUGAAGGCGUCUGCCUGCCGCAAGCCCCUUCAUUUGCCGCUUAUUUGGAAGAGUGCAUGAUAAGCAAGUCGGACCGCGCCGCUGACUUCUGGACGAAACUCCUCAGAGAUUCUCAUAUGACCCGCCUUGGAAAUAGAGGCUGCGGAACGGAGACAUUGGAUUUCAACACCCUGGUAGAAGAUGAACGGACCAUCCCUCUCCCUUGUCCGCUUCUACGCGGGGAGACCACUUUGGCGAACUUGAUCAAAGCGGCUUGGUCCUUGGUCCUCUCUCGGCUGGGCAACUGCAGAGAUGUAGUGUUUGUCCAGACAACUAACGGUCGGCACCUGGCUUCUGAAGAAACUCAGGGUGUCGUUGGGCUCUGUAUCAGACGUCUCCCAGUGCGGGUGGCGCUCGAUCCUACCUGGACGGUCCUGGAUCUGCUUCGGGUCAUCCAAAAUCAGCACAGUGACGCCUUGUCAUUCGAAUCAGUUGAACUUCAAGAAUUGAUGGAACUUGGCUCGCUAUGGGGCCCAGGGGUGCAGUGUGGCAGCAUCCUAGUGCACCAGAACGUGAACCCAGAGAAUACCUUCAAAAUUGGGCAAGCGAAUUGUUCAGUGCAGAGUGUGGCCAAGCCGUAUCCGACAAAUCAUAUACUGAUUGAGACCAUCCCCAGCAAUUCCCAUCUUCGAGUUCGGCUGGUAACCUCAAGUCAAAUCUUGGACAAGUCAGGUGCGGAAAUGGUGCUGCAGCGGCUCUGUGACACCAUCAUGCUUUUCGCCAGUUCGCCCAGUGUCCCACUGGCGGAAAUACAGAUGAGCCCUGCUCAUUAA